AUGCCAACUGAAAACUUAAUGCUUGAUCCAUUUGAGGAAAACUCCCAUUGUGAGAAUUUAACUUCCCAGGCUAAUUCUAUUGCCAAUAUCGUGGCCACUGCUGGUGUAGACAGGGUCCCUUUUGGGCUUCCUGAUACUCAGCUCGUGGCUAUUGACUCGCUUUUGGAGUCAAUGGCUUGUUUGAUUCCUCGGAAAGCUCCAGCCUCAUUUGUCUCAGCCUUUGUUCGCUUGCUUGUUUCCCAUUUGACUGAGAAUAAGCUUUUUAACAACUUGGUCAAGCGCUUUGCUGGCGGUUUACCCUCAGAAUGGAGUCCACUUACCUCUUACGAGAGAAAGGGCUCUGCUGGUGCCAUGUUCGCAAUCUGGCGAAACAGCGCUGGUAACGCAUCCCUCACCUUAGAAGAUAACUUUGCAUUGGUUGCUUGCAUUGUCGAGACCUUACCUGAGGUCUUGCUGGCAAUCAAUAUCGAGCCAAGAAAGGCGUUGGCGGAAGUGAGCGAAUUGGGCAAUAGGUUACAGUCCGCGUCAAUCACGUCUAAAUAUUCCCCCAUGGCAAAGCCUAACGAUCCAGAGGGAGCAGUCGAUUUUAACCUCUUGGCAAAGCUCGUGGUUCACGAGGAUGUUGGCGAGCUCACAACAUUGUGUAUCUUGCAAUCUGGGAAGGCAGUGCUACAAAUAAUUGCUGCUGCCGAGAAGUCUAAGAGUCUUCUGACCGUCUCCCCAGCAUCGCGUAUUUUGGAUACCAUCACUAAUAGGCCAUCUUUAAUUUACAUGGCUGAAAGAGGCCAUGCUCCUGGCGCUAAUAUUUUAAUCGAAACCCGUCUCUUGGACGAAAAGAUAGCAUACGAGUCUGCCGUGACUGAGCCAAGUAUCUUUAUCAGCGAGCUCUUGUGUCACGGGCUCGAUUUUGAUCUCACCGAAUUUCCAGUACUUCCAAAGUGCUUAGAGUUGGCUUCUGAAAGAUUAGAAGCGACAGCUUACUAUAAAAGCUCUGAGUUAUACCAGCAACAAAAUACCAAAGCAAAGAAUCUUUCGUUGCUCGCUACGGUUGGUGAUGCUACCUAUUUGGUAAGUCGGAAUAUAAUGAUAAGUUUAGGGGAGAGUUUCGACUUUGUCACCCCUUUCAAAACCAUUUUCAAAUUUACACUGCUUCCACCGCUUGCUAAGGAAAAUUAUUAUUUGUCGGUUAAUAAUACCACUGCUACUUCUCUGGAAGUAGAUCAGGUCAAAUCCGCCAAUAUGUUACCCCCAUUGAUCGCUUCUCUUGGUUGCUUCUUGCGGGUACUCGGUAAUACUCUCCCUGGUGAGAUCUUCACAAAAGAAGAACAGCCAGAUGCUGCUCUUCCAUUACAAAACAAAAUUGCUAUCCACAGGGUAGAGAAGAUCAUUGCAGCAUCAUUGGCGGCCAUGAGUGCUUUGAAAGCGUUGGGUGAUUGGCCUCAAUGUCUGUUCGUGGAGAAAGAUUGCGUUGAUGUGCUAAAGAAAUUACACACAGCUUGCAGAGAUCAAUCAACUGACGAAGUCGACACCGAAAGCGAUAUAUUCUGGAUUACCGCAUUCAACAUGGCGAAUGAUAUUUGCUACAGCGAUAUUGCUAUGGCACCCGUGGUCUUGAAGACUAUGGAUUUACUUCUUGAGAACUUGGAGCUUCAAAGAAGCGAGGAAUUGGUGAUGUCUGCACUUGUCCAGUUCUAUUCUACGUUUGAUGAUGGAUACCAGAAAUAUCCUAAUGUUGGAAAUCUUACAGUAUGGGAUAAGGGCGGUUGUCAGCAGGUCUCAGUCCCUCGUUCUGAAUAUGAUUUUCUUAACAAAGAAAAUUCUGUGAAGUCUCCAGCUUCCGCCGGUAAUGUUUCGGUUUACCAGGUUGCAGGCUCGAACGUGUCCCGUUCGUUGCCCGACUGGAUUGCAAGAAAGAGAAAGAGAGAUCUCAAGAGAGAUGCCGACUACAUGAACCGUGUUGAGCUUAUCCAGGAUUUCGAGUUUAGUGAAGCAUCCAACAGAAUUAAUGUUACGCCUGAUGGCCAAUAUGUCAUGGCUACUGGAACAUACAAGCCUCAAAUUCACUUGUAUGACUUCCUGAAUUUGUCUUUGAAGUUUGAUAGACACACAGAUUCUGAAAAUGUGGAUUUCACAAUUCUUUCAAAUGACUGGACAAAGUCUGUACAUCUUCAAAAUGACAGAUCUAUUGAGUUCCAUACCAAAGGUGGCAUUCAUUACAAGACCAGAAUACCGAAGUUUGGUCGUAGUUUAGCCUUCAACAAAUCUAACUGUGAUUUGCUUGUGGGUGCUUCAGACAAUGAAAUCUACAGACUCAACCUAGAGCAAGGUCGUUUCCUCAAUCCAUACGUCUUGGACACCGAACAAGGUGUGAACGCCGUUGACAUUAAUCCAGUGCAUGGACUCGUUGCAGCCGCUCUAGAAGAAGGAACAGUUGAAUUCUGGGACCCAAGAAGUAGGCAACGUGCUGCAAAGCUUUUUGUCAACGAACACCUUGGUGAGUCUCUACAAGUCACCGCCGCUGCUUCUCGUAAUGAUGGUUUGAACUUUGCAUGCGGUACUUCUUCUGGUAAGGCAUUAAUCUAUGAUCUCAGAACAUCCACUCCUGCUGUUGUCAAAGACCAAGGUUACGGAUUUGAUGUGAGUAAGAUCAUCUGGAUUGAUGAGAACUCCAACGAUUCUGACAAGAUUCUCACUUCUGACAAGAGAAUCGCUAAGAUCUGGAGCAGAUUUGAUGGCAAACCAUACACCUCUAUGGAGCCAAGUGUUGAUAUUAAUGACGUUGCAUAUGUCAAGGAGAGUGGUAUGUUCUUCAUGGCUAACGAAGGUAUGCCAAUGCAUGCAUUCUACAUUCCACAUCUUGGACCAGCUCCAAAAUGGUGUUCCUUCUUGGACAAUAUUACCGAGGAGCUCGAGGAGAAGCCAACAGAUGCUGUUUACUCCAACUACAGAUUUAUCACGAGAGACGAUGUUGCAAAGUUGAACUUGAUCCACUUGAUUGGUACCGGUGUCUUGAGAUCCUACAUGCAUGGUUACUUUAUCAAUACCGAGUUGUACGAGAAGGUGAACUUGAUUGCCAACCCCAACUCAUACAGAGACCAAAGAGAAAGAGAUAUCAGAAAGAAGAUCGAGAAGGAGAGAGAGUCUCGUAUCAGAUCUACUGGUGCCGUUACAAAGAGCAAGAUCAAGGUCAACAGAGGCUUGCACGAGAAGUUGGAGGGCAAGGAUGUUGCCACCGACGACCGUUUCGCCGAGUUGUUCGAGAACCCAGAGUUUGCUGUCAACGAGGAGUCUUACGAGUACAAGCAGCUCAACCCUGUGCGGUCUACUAAGGAUGUUACUACUACAGAACGUUCUCGUGGCUUAACGGCAGCUGAAGAAUCUGAUGAAGAGAGAAUGAACGGUGAUAAGAAGGAAGAGUCUUCCGAUGAAAGCGAUGAAAGUGAAGAAGAGGAGGACCCAGAAGCUGUUCAACGCCGAAGCGAAAAGGUCGCCAAGGAACUCAACAAGCUCAGAGAGCGCAGAGAACGUCAAAAGGAAACCGACAGAUUCAUGAACGACAUGAAGGCCGUCACCCAAGACGAGACUGAAGCAAGAAACUCCGAGUCGUUCGACAAGCAAGUCAACAGGCUUGACAAGGUGGCCAAGAACAAGAAGAGCGAUGAUUCUAGGCUUCGUCGUCACGGUAAGGGAGAAAUGGAGUUGACCUUCCAGCCCAAGAAAGAAAAGAAGCCCCAUUUCAGAGGUGACAGAGAUGACGAAGAGGUUGACGAGUCCAAGAAAGGAAGAACUAAGCAGCGUUUUGCUGGCCGUAGAAGUGCCGGUAAGAACCAGUUUAGGGGCAUGUAA